CCCAAUAGAUAGCCACACACCAAAUUUCUUAUGGGUUGUGGAUAAAGUAGCAACCAACGGCCAACGUGAUCGUUGUUACGCCUUUAACAUUAACAAAACAGAGAAACAACUCGUAUUACCUGUCUCUCUUCACUCCUUCGCAAUCCAAUGAAGACUCUGAAUUCAAGAAUCCUAUCCAAGAUUCAGUUGCAAAACCCAAGAAACGACCUCAAAUUCAGAACCCAAUUUUCAUUUCCCAGCAACUCGCUUCUCUGCAGUUCACGCAGUGUAAUAAAUGGCGGCACACUCACUCUCACUCUCACUCUCACUCUAUAUUACGGUAGCAGAAAGACUGUGUUUUCUGAGCUCAGAACCUCUGAGAAUAAGAGUACAGCAAAGGGCAAGAAGAAGAGCUCACAAGCGCCUACGACGACCAAGAUUGAGGCACCUGAGCCCGGCCGAGCGCCGGCGGUUUCUGGAGGCGGACCUCCGCCGCCGCCAAUUAAGAAAGGCCGUUCUUGGAAAUUGAAGGGUUUUCCCAAAAAAGUUCUCUCUGUUCUCUCAAAUUUGCCUCUGGCUAUUGCUGAGAUGUUUGCAGUUGCUGGUCUGAUGGCUUUAGGAACAUUCGUACCACAAGGCGAGGCGCCAAGUUUCUAUUUUGAGAAGUUCCCUGAAGACAAUCCAGUCCUCGGAUUCUUCACAUGGAGGUUGAUUCUCGCCCUCGGCUUUGACCAUAUGUUCUCAUCUCCUGUGUUCCUGGGAACAUUGAUUCUCUUGGGAGCAUCACUUAUGGCUUGUACAUACACAACACAGAUCCCCUUAGUGAAGGUAGCAAGAAGGUGGUCUUUCUUACACUCGGCUGACUCAAUUCGUAAGCAGGAAUAUUCUGAUACCUUGCCAAAUGCAUCGGUUCAGGAUUUGGGCGUUAUUCUAAUGGGUGCUGGAUACGAAGUGUUUCUAAAGGGGCCAUCAUUAUAUGCCUUCAGGGGGCUGGCGGGUAGGGUUGCCCCGAUUGGAGUGCAUUUAUCAUUGCUGCUAAUAAUGGCAGGCGGCACUCUUAGCGCUGCUGGAAGUUUCCGAGGGUCUGUGACAGUUCCACAGGGUUUGAACUUUGUCGUGGGGGAUGUAUUGGGACCGAAUGGAUUCCUAUCUACUCCUUCAGAAUCCUUCAACACCGAGGUUCAUGUUAAUAGAUUCUCAAUGGACUACUAUCAAAGUGGAGAGGUUUCACAGUUUUAUAGUGAUCUUUCACUUGUUGAUCUUAACGGCAAGGAGGUGAUGAGAGAAACAAUAAGCGUGAAUCAUCCUUUAAGAUACGGCGGAUUCACCAUAUAUCAGACAGAUUGGAGUCUGUCUGCCCUACAAGUGAUGAAGGACGAUGAAGGACCGUUUAAUUUGGCUUUGGCGCCACUGCAAAUCAACGGGGACAAGAAGCUUUACGGAACCUUCCUGCCUAUCUCAGAUGCUGACUCUACUAAUCUCAAAGGAAUAUCAAUGCUAGCUCGUGAUAUGCAAUCAAUCGUCCUUUAUGAUCAAGAAGGAAAAUUUGCUGGAGUCAGACGGCCAAACUCAAAACUCCCCAUUGAGAUUGAUGGCGUGAAAAUUGAAGUGUUAGAGGCUAUUGGCAGUACCGGCCUUGAACUAAAGACUGAUCCCGGGGUGCCUAUUGUUUAUGGUGGCUUUGGUGUUCUCAUGCUCACCACCUGCAUCAGCUUUUUAUCUCAUUCACAGAUCUGGGCCUUGCAAGAUGGAACUACAGUGGUUAUAGGAGGUAAAACAAAUCGAGCUAAGGGCGAAUUUCCCGAGGAUAUGAACUACCUACUUGAUCAAGUUCCUGAAAUAGUUGAUUCUUCUGCUUUAGAGCAACCAAAAACUAUCAGUGGCUAGUUUCAACCCAUCAUACAAAUGAGGGAGCCCUACGACGUAGGAAUUUUGAGUCAAAUCCAUACUCUAUAGGUCUAAGAAAACGACAUCACUAUGAUUAUAGAUCGAGAAGAUGGUUGUUGAAAAGGGAAACUGAGACAUCACAGUUAGAUGAGACGUUUGCCUCUCGCAGACGUAUUUUUCUCUCCAUUUCUAAUCUCUUGAGAGACUGUAAGAGGUUCAUAUCUCAACAACAGAUCAUUUGUAGCUCUCCAAAUUCGGAGGGUGCAGACACAUUCUUGGUAGCAUGCCUUGUAUUAUAUACUACAUACAUAUACAUAUACAGAUCAAGAAAUAACAGAUUUGGAUGUUCCAAAAUCUUGAUUUCAUUAUGUAGCUGGAACAAUAUGCAGCUUUGAAUGCUUUUAUAAGCUACAUAAUAUUGUUCAGGUCUCUAUAUAUGGAUGCUCUUCAUUUGGAAAUGUUAAGAUUACGUUUUAUGAUAUGGCA